AUGCUCUUCACACGUCUUCUUUCACUCAUCCUGCGCACUGCGCAAUGGGUUUUCGCUGCCAUAGUCCUCGGUUUAUCAGCAUACUUCGUUUACCAACGUUCACGAUACCAUGUGGGACCUCUAGGUCGAUUGAUCUUCACUCUGAUCUGGUCCUCGCUCUCCAUCCUGUUCGCUGUUAUUUGGGCCAUCCCUACAAGCUCCAGCAUUACUGGGUACACAUCCGACUUCAUCUUCACUGCCGGCUGGGCCGCUGUCUUCGGGCUUCUUGUCAGCUGGUUUAACGGCGCCGGAUGUGGUAGUGCUUGGGCUUGGAGCGGUGUAUCCUUCAGCCGCAACAACUCAUGUGGGCAAUGGCGCGCUGCUCAGGCUUUCUCCUUCCUGUCUAUGAUCCUUUGGUUGGCUACUGCUAUCCUGGGCAUCUUAACUGUACACCGUCUUAACCGCCGUGCUACUGCUCGUGGUUCCCGCGUCUAA